UUUAGAUCGUAAUCUCCCGUCAGGUGUGUUCGCCGUGUCACACCUUAGAUAAGGUAUGUAGAACAUAAGCCUGGACUACAUUUCCCUACCAAACAUCCAUCAUGUUGUCGUCCGUCGUCUUUCUGCUUCUCUGUCAGUAUGCAGUGUCUAACCACGAUCCUCUUGCCCAUGAAUUUCACGAAAUAACGAAGCACUACGACGACCGGCUGUGUCAGCAUCUCCUGUCUGUGGACUGCAGUCAACACGUGGUGCAUGGACACUCGGAGAGACUGUGUGGCACAGACAUGGUGCAGUACGAAAACUUCUGUGUCUUUGCCCACGCGAGAUGCACGAAUCAUACACUGUCCAUGCUGAAUAAAGGAGAGUGCCUCCUGUCCACAGUUGGACCUACAGGGAUGGCCGCUACUGGUGACGCGUUGACUACCAGUGACGUGUUGACUACUGGUGACUUGUUGACUACUGGUGACGUGUUGACCACUGCUGCCGUUGCACCUGUUCAUCCUACCGGUGUGGACCCAGCGUUUGCAGUGAUGAAGGAUGUGUUCUGUAAUAACCUCCACCAGAUCACCUGUGGUACUGCGGUCACAGCCGACAUCUGUGGAAAUGACGGCAAGAUUUACACCAGCCAGUGCAUGUUCUCCAAGACCAAGUGCUACAAGGUUGACCUUGAGGUAGCGGAAGCUUCCACGUGUGGGGACACAGGCAUGCCAGUCAAGACCACACCCAGCUCAUAGUCUGUGCAUUUAGGAGCUUACGGGUGCCAGAUAAAAAGCUAUGAAUAAAACAUAACUGCAGUA